UCAUCCGCCCCUCGACAUAGAUCCUCGCGAAUUGUCUGUCCCAACCUCCCCGUUCGGUGACUCCAGACCAAAUCAGACAUAACCGGAAUUUGUGACUAUUUUUUCACUGGUAUGCCUCAAUCGGAAGAGGUUUUAUAUCGUCUAUCGUUUUUUGUUGAAAUUGGACACCGCUGAUGUUUCUGGAUGCGUCCAUGUCCUCCCGUGGGCCGUGACGCGGAGGGAUACAUUUCUGGAAGCGACAAUGUGGAGGCUGUUAAAAUGUCUACUUGGAAAAUGAAGUCGCUUCAAUUUCAGCAAUAUUAAGAGAAACGGCGCAAUGCUUUAGUUAUGGUGCGUGUCCUAUAGGUCUUUUUAGUUUCGCGAAGAAGACAGCACCGAGGCGGCGGAGUGUUUCAAUCUUGGCUUUCCUCAUCUUCUUCAAGCCCACAGUCCGGAGGAGCACGGAGGCUGGAAAGGGAUCCUGUCCAUAACUUUGUUUUUCUCUCACAUCGGGUCGUUUAUUUCUCAUUUUUGGAUGCUACAGAGCUAAGCCAAGUGGUUUGCUGAGACUGAAAGGGCCAAAGUGAACAGCAGCAGAGAAUGACUGCAGUGGGCACAGACAAGGAGCUCAGCGACUUGCUGGAUUUUAGCGCGAUGUUUGAGCUUCCAGUUUCAAGUGGCAAGAAUCGGCCAACUACACUUGCCAGCAGUCAGUUUGGUGGUUCAGGGGUUGAUGAGAGGAAUGGGUCCGGUUCUUGGGGGCCUGGAGAGCAGAACAGCCCAUCUUUCAGUCAGGGCAGGUGUUUUGGUGAAGAGGGCAUUUACAGCGCACAAGAUGGCAUUCCGCCUGGCACGGUGUUUGGCACAGGGGUUGCCGGGAAGGCUGAGAGAGGACCAUACUCGUCGUUUGCAACGCAGCCGGGCUUUCUGCCCAGUGAGAUAGCCAUGCCCAGUCCUGAUGCCCUUUCACCCUCUGGUUUGAAGCCUGCAUCCCAGUUUUAUUCCUCCUAUGAGGGCAACAAUUCUCGCAGACGACCCGCACAAGACCCCAUUGACUCACAGCCCAAAAAGAUCCGGAAGGUGCCCCCUGGCCUGCCUUCCUCUGUCUGUACCUCUUCCUCAAACGAUGAAUUUAACAGGGACAAUGUAGGCUACUCUGCUUCCAAAGCAGGAAGCAUUUACCCACCACCCUUCUACAUGCAAGAAGGCCUCCACCCACCCUCCGAUUCAUGGGGUUCUGCUGGGUCGAUGGUUCAGCCUGGAUACCCUUCCAUGCUGGGUAACCCCCCCCAUCUGAGCCAGCAUGGUCCUUUCACCGCCAUCAACCCUCAAGACAGACUGAAACGUCAGCCACUGCCCCUCUCACCCCAAAACUACCCCCUACAUGGCAGUGAAGUGAACGGGGCCCACCCGGCCGGCUUCCACUCUGGCUCCAACAGCUACGGAGUUCCCAGCCACACGCCUCCUAUUGCUGCCAAUCGGGGAGCAGUACCUGGAAGUUCUGGUGAUGAGAUUGGGAAAGCGCUGGCAUCUAUCUAUCCUUCAGACCCAAACAGCAAUGGAUACUGUUCAUCCCCAUCCACCCCCUCCGGUUCUCCUCAAGCCACAUCAGGUUCUGCUUCCCAGUGGACAAGGUCAUCUGGACAAGCUACACCUUCACCUAACUUUCAUGGAGGACUUCAGACAAUGCCUAAUAAACUGGAGGACCGCCUGGAUGAAGCCAUUAAUGUUCUUCAGCGCCAUGCCGGUGGGCAAGGAGGACUAGCUGAGAUGCAGAAUCUGCUGGCAUCUGGUUUGGGAUUACCUCCAGCUUUUAGCAGUGCAGCGCUUGGCCUUGCCAGUCGCCUGCCUGGACUGCUCUCAGGUCACCAUGAAGACUCUGCUGGCCUGCCCUCUAGUGGAGGGCUUGUGCAUGGUCACCACGGUUCCACAUCUGGCCUGCCAGGCUCUCAGACUGAUGGUUUCACCAGUGAGUCUUUGUCUCUUUUUCGACUUGCUGAAAGAUUGUGUGACUUACACCUUGGAGCCAAUGUUUUGUUAAUUGCAGGUGUGGCGAGCAGCCUAAAUCGUUCCACUGGUGCUGACAUCAAACGAGAGAACAAGCAGGAUGAUGAAAACUGCUCUGUUACCGACAAGUCAGAGGAUGAGAACAAAGAGCUGAAGACCCAUCUUCGAACGAGUCUGAAUGAGGAUGACGAUGAAGAAGAUCUACCAGUGGAGAUUAAAGCUGGGCGGGAGAAAGUGCGGAGGAUGGCUAACAAUGCCCGUGAGCGACUCCGUGUGCGGGACAUCAACGAGGCCUUUAAGGAGCUGGGCCGCAUGUGUCAGCUCCAUCUGAACUAUGAGAAACCGCAGACCAAAUUGAACGUACUCCAACAGGCGGUUAACGUUAUACUCAACCUGGAGCAGCAAGUCAGAGAGCGGAAUCUGAACCCAAAGGCUGCCUGCCUCAAGAGAAGAGAGGAAGAGAAAGGGUCGGGUGUGGACCCCCAGAUGCAGCUCGGCGGUGGUCACACGGGUCUCUGACUUGAUGGACCCAACCCAAAAAAGCCAUAUGUAUUUCCAAGCCCAAUUUACAGCCGUUUGAACACGUGGCCUUAAUCUAUCAUUGUCAUGCACCUCAGUGUGUUCUUUGGAUGGCACACGCCUCAGCAGAGACUACAAAAGGGGCCACAAUGACAAACAAAAGAGUAACAAGCACACUUGUAUAGAAAGAGACAGAGAAAUGUGUAUUCGUCUUUACAUGUUUGAGUCAAGGACAUAAAUGUGGAGACAUACCUAUGAUCAUGUUUUUGUAAGACGUUCUAAAAAAAAAAAAAAAAAAAAAGAAAUAAUGCAUUAUGUGUUGGGAGCAAACCUGUUUGGAUCAAAAAGACCUUAAUUACAACUUUCAGCAAAACCAGAAUUUGUAUUCUCUGGUAAAUAUGUGGCAUUCCCAGCUGCAAUGGAGGUCCUACAUUCUAUAUAAACAAAGGACACACAGGCUUAGUGGCUGAAUGUUUAAUGUUCGAUAAUAUCAGCCACCAUUGCAGAAUGACCUCUAGCCAUCUUGGAAGCCUCUUAUAGAAAGGGAUGAGACUUCUGUCUUGUUUUGUGGUCUUUUUAUUCACUCUGGCUGAUGAGGUAAUACUGGCUUGUGUGGUGUUUUUCUUCUUGUAAACCUUGGAUCCUACGGGUCACUGCCAUGCAAAUGGAAUAGAAAGACUGCCGGAGGGAGCGCCACCACUGAGGAAAGACUCAUCUCCAACAAUAAGUUAGUCCCCAUAUGUGGGGUUUCCGUAGAAAUUCAGCUUCUAGAUGUGAUUACUCUGUGCACACAGAUAUGUGUUCAUAUCGUCACUUGUUAACAUCAUCCUGGACAGUCCAGUCACAAUGGAACUUUUUUUUUCUUCUUCUUGUUUUAGAAACAUGCAACUUGUUUCUUUUGAUAACCUUUGUCAGACCAGAAUCAGAUGUUAUGUAAUACUAAUGCACACAAAAUACAUUUAGUUUUCCCCAAAAAAUGUAGUGCAGAUGCCAUUCUCCAAUUGUCCUCUGUAACUGGACCAAUCACAAAUAUUUUCGGGCCUGAGAACCUCCAAAUGACAACCUCAUUACUCAAAAGAUGUAUGUGGGAAAAACAAGCGAGUGUGUGGAAAGGGAUCAUGCAUUUUAAUCCUAUCUUCUGGACUAUUAACUCAGUUGCCGUUGAUUGACUUGGUUGCUCUGUGGUGACCAUUUCUUCUUUUCUCUUCCAUUUUGAACAACCACAAAGCCUCUUUGUAAUGAUUUUCCUUUUGUAGAAUUAGUUAACCAUUUUUUAUAUUUUUCUUUUCCCACUUUGUAAGAUAGUUGUUAAGAGUUGGGUUUAUACAUUUGGAAUGCUCUUUCUGUUUGUUUACAUUGUUCAGAUUGAAGACAACCUUUUUUUUUUUAAGACUAUGGGAACAAAGUGAGUUGUUUUUGUUGUGCCAGAUGCUUGCAAAUGUUAGAAAUGACAAAUUCUGGCGGUAAUGUCACAUGUUGUGAUAACUUUCUUCCCUUUUUGUUCACCAAGAAUACACCUUUCUGUGCGAACUUGAUAUUUGUAUUUGAAUUUCGUAGUUUGCGGCAGGUAUUAUUAUGAAAUGUUUGUUUUGUCUCAAUGUCCAGCUCUAUAUUGACUACAUUCAUUUGAGGUGGUGGCACAAUUCAUCUUAAUUAUAAUACAAAUGAUCAUCAAUGUGUCAGGGUGGCCUUAGUCAUUUUCCUGACCUUAGGAGUUUUGAUAAUGGUUACUCACCAGUGCCUGAAUAAUUCAGUUACACGUUGCAUAUAACAACACACAUUGACACAUGACUAGUUCACAGACAAUACACCAACAUCUGAAUGAGUGAAUUGAUGCUGACCAACAACAUGGUCUUCAACUGGUCAAAAUACUUGUUGGUUUAUAUUUGAACUAGACAUUGCCAUGUACAUUCAUAUGUAUGUACAGCUAUGUGAUAUAUCAUUUGAAAUCUUGUAAGCUGAAAUUUAACCUUUUAUCAGGUUACGUCUUCAUCUCAUUUGCAAAGUAUGCCAUAUGGAAUAGCCCCUAACUUUAUUUCCAUCUGAAAGCAAGUUUCUCCUGUCAUAGUGCAAAUGACCACAAAGGAGUUGUUUUGUUUAUGUAAAUGAUUUUUUUUAAGUUUGCAAGUAUAAAAACACAAUUUUCUUUAUUAGAGUUUUUGUCAUCUACAGCAAAUGACUCACAGCUCUUUCUGUCUUCAGAAAUAUUUGAGGGCAAUAUCUAUGUAGGCUAUGUCCUCAAAGUGCCUCCAGUUUCCUAUUUUUAUAUAUAAAGUAGAUAUUGAGAACUGUUGUGUAUAUAACAGUAAUGUAGCAAUAAAUGUGCCAUUUUUAAUAUCAAAGUGUGUUCAUUGUCUUGUGACCUAA